AUGACACUUCUCCAGAAGUCCUCCUCUAGCAUAGAAGUUGAUGGGGUUCCGCGCUACGCUACACCCCUGCUUCGUCGAGUCAACGAUGCAACUCUCCAUUCUCCAAAGGAAGUUGUACUGCCAAGCCUUCGUAGCACAGAGCGAAGACUCUCCAACGACUCAAAAUGCACAGAGGUGUACUGUCAGAAGAUCAAGAAGCUGCAGACGACAGGUUACGUGUCACUGGUGCCACCCGAGUUUGACCACGUAGCUGGAAAGGUCUCCUUGUUCCUCGUCUUCUGCUUCAGCAGCGUGAAGAAUGGCAACCAUGUCCUGUUCAGAGAGUUUAUCUACAUCAAGGCCACAGCUCAUAACAGGGCCUCCUUUAUCCGCGUUCUCUGGAGGUGCAUCAGACAGAUUGGAAAGAAGGAAGACUUCCUGGCCAUGUUGGAGUACAGCUCGCUUCUGCAGCUCCUCUGUCCAGACAUUCAAGUGGAGAUGGUACAACAUGCAGCAAGGAUAGUGCUGAUGGAUGAUGCCAUGGACUGCCUCAUGUUCUCACACUUCCUCUACUCUUUCCAAAUCCAGUUCUACUUUGAAGAGUUCCUGGAGAUCAUUGCUGUGAUCUACCAGGACCUGCUGUCAGGGAAGAGCCCCAACACUGUGAUCAUCCCCACCUCUACCUCAACUCAGGAAGGAGUGGGCUCAUCUGUGUUCGGAGAAUGCUUUGAGGGACGUUGUGAGAGGUUCAAACACAAAAUGGGCGUGGGCUGCUUAUCUGAUGUUCAUAACUGUGUGUUGUCGCUGCUAGGUGCCCUGCCAAAAAAGUCAGAGCUGCUCAUUGACCCUGAGAUGGACCAGGAGGUGGAUAAACUGAGUAAACUGGAGCACAGAACCUACUUAAUUUAGUUCCAUUCUGACCAAUAUUGAAACCUUACAUUCACCCAUGUUUCUAAUACUAAUACUGUUGAAAAUGUUUAUAAUUGGAAUCCUUAAUUGGUGCAACUGGCACAUCCAUUUUGGAUGUUACAACAACAAAGAAGUUACUGCAAACAACGAACACUGUUUUUCCCCCCCUCGGACAUCAUUGCACACGCGACAGAAGAAUAUAUAUACACUACCGUUCAAAAGUUUGGGGUCACUUACAAAUGUCCUUGUUUUCGAAAGAAAAGC